UCGUGAGUUGGCCAGUAUCGCUGAGGCGCGCGUACAGUUUUGUUCGUCACGUGAAUCCUCCCUCGUCCGUUAGACGACCACACUGAAUAGACGAAAAAAAAAAACAAGCCUAAGAAUAUAAUUCGAGUAAAAAUAAAUCAACCGGAGUGAUUCGCAAUGUUUUGACGCGGCGGAAAAGGCGGGAGAUAAACCUUUUUUUUAUUCAAAGGAGUUUUAUGUAAAAAUUGUCGUAUUUCGAGUGAAUGCAAGGGUCACCCGGAGGAUGCGGACGUAUCGUUAGCAGGCGGUAAAUGGCUCGAGGGUGGAAAAAAUAGGCGACACAAGAGCGUUAGGAUAGAACUCGGGAAAAACCUGGUGACGAACAAACGAAGCAAAAAAGCCAACCGAAAGGCAAAAAAGCAUAUAUGCUGGACGGGAAAAAAAAACAUACAGACGACAUUGGAAAUGAGGAAAAUUUCUCGAUAUGAACGUGCGGUUUCAAUCUCGGAUUACUAGCAAACAACAGCGAAAAAAAAUUCUAAAAAGCCACAGCAAACAUCCAGGGCCGAAUACAACUAGACUUUUACUGUUGAAAGCAUUGAAUAGAACGUGACGACCCAUCGGCUCUGAAUAUGAAGAGCUUGGAAUCUCCGAAGACGACGCAAAAACUUGUCCGGAAUAGCAGAAUGUGAUAGAGAAAAAAUUGUCAAAGGCCCACAGGUCCUGGAGAUCGACCCCUACACCCUUCAGGCAUAUCACUUUGGCGAAAUAUAAAAUUACAAGUACUGGACUAACUGGUUAAAGAUCGCCUAAACUUUGAAGCUUGCAAGUUUGCUAGAACAAUUCCCCAGCUUCCACUACUCUGAGUCUACCACAAGCUUCGAAAACUCCAGCUGUAACCAGAUUAAUCCCAAUUCAAUGGUUUCAACGAAAUUAUCAAAGAAGACGAAGAACAGCUACAUUUGAGGGACAGGAGGACAGGUGCUGAGAUACAGUGGGAAUUGAUGCAGUCAAUCCUGCGGGAAGGAACCAGUCAAGGUUCGUUUAACCGUUGUAGCAUAUAAAGGAGACCAACUUGCAAUCGAUACUCUGAGUACAGCAUAAUAAAUUCGAUGAGCAGUAUAAUUAAGGGUCAAUUCAUGCGGCUAGUUAAAUGGCAUCUACUGACCCAGAUAAUAUCUCACCUUAGCAAAAAAUCUAAGACAACGAUAAACAUCAUAGCGUGACUAUGUAAAUAACCGAAUGUAUUUGGGGCCGUUGCCCCACCAAGUAGUUCAACAAAAUUUAAGAAGAACCCAACUCGGAACCAAUAUAACACUUUGUUCAAGACCACUUGAAUUGUAAAUUUGGAGAAGCGUGAUGCCGCCAAUCGAGGAGAUCUACUACACCACGGAGAAUCCGGUCAAUACAACUAUUUGGAUGAACCUAUCGACACCGCAUUACCAUAACGACACAAAUACAACUGACACCGAUGGCAAUCAGUUUAUUCUACCAUGGUGGCGUCAAAUGAUCUGGACUGUUUUGUUCGUUGGUAUGAUCGCUGUGGCAACUGGUGGCAAUCUCAUCGUCAUUUGGAUUGUUUUGGCACACAAGAGAAUGCGAACUGUUACCAAUUAUUUUCUGGUGAAUCUGAGUAUAGCUGAUGCCAUGGUGUCUACACUGAAUGUUACAUUCAAUUAUUCGUAUAUGCUGAAUAGCCAUUGGACAUUUGGAAGUUUGUACUGCAAAAUCAGUCAGUUUAUCGCUGUAGUUACUAUCUGCGCAAGUGUUUUCACUCUGAUGGCCAUCUCCAUUGAUCGAUAUAUGGCAAUAAUGAAUCCACUGAGGCCACGAAUGGGACGCCGUCUGACACUCUUCGUCGCCAUAGCAAUUUGGAUCAUUGGCGGUAUUCUUUCGCUCCCCAUGCUCAUAUACUAUACAACUUAUACACAAAAAUUUUCCAACGGUGAAGUGAGGGUUAUCUGCUAUGGUGAAUGGCCCAACAGAACUGAUGAUGGACUCAGCUACGAUGAAUACGUGUACAACGUGGUAUUCAUGAUCCUGACGUAUUUCUUACCAAUUGGCUCAAUGACAUUUACAUACGCCCGAGUAGGCCUUGAAUUGUGGGGCUCGCAGAGCAUCGGUGAGGCGACCCAGAGGCAAUUAGACAACAUCAGGAGCAAACGGAGGGUAGUCAAGAUGAUGAUUGUGGUGGUGGUGAUAUUCGCAGUUUGUUGGCUACCAUUUCACGUUUACUUUAUCGUAACUUCGUAUCUACCUGAGAUCACGAAUGAGCCGUAUAUACAGGAGGUUUUCCUCGCUAUUUACUGGCUCGCCAUGUCCAAUAGCAUGUACAAUCCAAUAAUCUACUGCUGGAUGAAUUCAAGAUUUCGUCGUGGUUUUGCCCAAUUCUUUUCCUGCUGUCCAUUCGUGAAUGUCACCCCAGAGCCGGGCUUAUCACGUUCAGAGGCGGUAACAUCACGCUACAGCUGCACCGGAAGUCCAGACGGUCACAUGAGAAUAGCAAGAAACGGCACGGUGCGGAUACCGCUGCACCUGCAAUCAUCACAUGGAAUGCAACUAGGAAACAAUAACAGUCGUUUCCCAGCUCAUCAUCGUGGCCGAGGUCGAAGAUGGAGGGAUCCACAGUCCAGGGGGCAUGUAUCCUGACAUGAAGACGAAACGCAGCAGCAACAACAUCAGCAGCAGCAACGAGUACACACAUGGAUAUAAAAUUAAUCUUGAAUUUAAAAAAAUGUCUCACAACGAUAAAACAAGGCGUGAAGCCCAUUCACACAUUGGGACAAUGAACGAACUUAUUUUUUCUCAUUUUGGUUCUCGUGAGUAGAAGAAAUUUUCCUUUUUUUAAUGGACCAAUAAUCUCGGAUUCAAUCAAAGUCAUUUUCUAUGGUAAUUUGAGGAGAUUAUUAAUGUAAUUGAGGAAAAUCAUACAGGGGUAUAUAUGUAAUGUCUAAUAUGUGUGAAUAUGUAUCCGAAUUGUGAGAGCAAUCGAUGUUAGGGUAAUAUUUCACAUGACGCCUAGGGAUUUAAUAUAUUAACGUGCGGCGGUUCGCGAAAUCAACAAAUAAUUAUGGUGCUUGAUUAAUUCUCCUCUUUUCAUGUACAUUGUGGGAAUAUUUGUGUUCCUGAUUGAUGCACGUGUUGAAUGUCAAAUUGUUAUUACUACUGUUGGAGGGGAAGGAUUGUCAUUACUGGCUGUAAGAUUAUAAUUAAAAGUUGUGACUGAUUCCAAUGGCUCCAAUGAUUUUUGUUUAUGGAAAUGCCAUUUUAAAAUGUACAUUGGUAUUACUGAUCUCGUUUUUCUAUGAAAUAUAAUACACCGUUGAUUUUGGUUGGAUUCAAUUGAAAAUAUUUUAAUUGUUAAUGUGGAAUUUAAUGUAAUUCCACACUUUGUAUUGCUUGAAUAAAAUAAAGGUUGUAAAAUAUAUUUGGAACGAUAUUAAAAGUCGUGCCAAAUAGAUAAUACCAAAGAAUAUUCUCCAUCGAACUUGAUAAGAUUUUUCCAAUCCUCUUUCUACGUACUGUCACAUUUUCAUCGUAAAUAUAAUGAAAAAAUAAGAGAAUUCAGUCACUUUUUUUAGCUCAUGCAAUCAAUGGCACUAGGCCAACAUCAUAAAAUCAUCACCUUACCUAUUUUUGGACUAAGGGAAACUCUAAAUCUAAUGAAAAUAAACACAGAUAGGGUGAAAUUAAAACGAUGAUGAUUACUAAAACUCUGGGAAAACCAAACGCUUUUAAAUUUAAUACAAUGAAAAUUUUAGUCAUUAGUGCUGAUACAGUACGACUAAAAUAUGUAAAAUAUAUGUACAAGCGUGUAUUUAAACAAUUUUACGAAUGAUCGAGAUAAUUGAGAUUAUUAAAAAAAAACUGUGAGUUAACUAUUAACAGCUCUAUGUGGAUCGUCGGGCUGAGGACUGCGAUUGGACGUAACUGCGUCAUAAUAAAAUCAACACAGCGACAAAAAAUAGCCUAAAUAUGAACUAGAGAUAAUUGGAAGUAAAUUUAUCAAAAUGAGGUUUUCAAGAUAAGGAAAAUACCAAAGAACCAUAGGUCCAUAAAUUCUCCAUAACAUGUGACGUAAUCUCUGCUAUCAUUGUAUCCUGGAUGAUGCAUGUUAAUAAAAGAAGUACCUAAUUUUUUAUUUCA